AGAACAGGACUGCACAUAUCGGAUGAGAUCAAUAAUUAGUACUACGAGCCAGAUUGUUUGUUGUGGCACGAGCAGCGGUUAAAUGCACAUGCAACCAAUUCUUACGUGUGGUUGCUAGUUAGGUAUAGUUGGCUUGAUCAUGAGAUGAGUAUAAAUAGGAUUCUAACUUAGCUUUGGUCUUCGCAGUUAGAGCUAGCUCUAUAUUAUUGUUAUUUCUUAGUAUAGAGGAGGGAGAGGAAAACGACUAGCCAUAACAUCAUGUUAAAGGGUCUUCCCUCUUCAAUUUGCACCUGCACCAAGCUUCUCAGAUUGACAAUGUUAUUAUUAGUUGUUUCAUGCUGCAAAACAAAGGGUGUUAUAAAACUGCCUCCAAAUGUUUCCAUUCCAGCAGUUUUGGUGUUUGGAGAUUCGAUCAUGGAUACUGGCAAUAACAACAACUUGGUAACGAUAGCUCGCUGCAAUUUCCGACCAUAUGGGGAAGAUUUUCAUGGAGGUGUCCCAACUGGCCGAUUUAGCAAUGGAAAAGUUCCCUCAGACUUUGCAGUUGAAGAAUUAGGCAUCAAAGAAUUACUACCGGCAUACCUGGAUCCAAAUCUCCAUCCUAGUGAACUGGCCACCGGCGUGAACUUUGCAUCAGGCGGCGCUGGAUACGAUCCUAUGACAGCAAAAUUACAGCCAUGUAUCGAUUUAGCAGGCCAGCUAAAAUUAUUCAAAGAAUACAUAGGAAAGUUGAGAAGACUAGUUGGAAAGGACAGAACAAAAUUCAUCCUAGCCAAUAGUCUUGUUCUUGUGGUAUUAGGCAGCAACGACAUUUCCAAUACAUACUUCUUAUCCGGUGCUAGACAAAAGGAAUAUGAUUUUCCUUCUUAUGCUGACCUUUUAGUUAGCUUAGCUUCUAAUUUCUUCAAGGAAUUACUUGGACUUGGUGUACGGAGGAUUGGAGUGUUCAGUUCGCCUCCAGUUGGAUGUGUGCCAUUUCAGAGAACGAUGGCUGGAGGAAUUGAAAGACAAUGCGUGGAACAUUACAAUGAUGCAGUGGUGUUAUUUAACAGAAAACUUCAAAAGGGGAUCAAUUCACUUAAUCAACACUUUCCAAAUGGCAGAAUCGUUUACUUUGAUAUUUACAACCCUCUGCUUGAUAUCAUUGUGAACAGUCAAAAACAUGGCUAUGAAGUCUCAGACAGAGGAUGUUGUGGCACAGGUAUCAUUGAGGUUACGUAUUUAUGCAACCAUUUCGGUACCACAUGUCCAAACGUUUUGGAUUAUGUGUUUUGGGACAGUUUUCAUCCUACUGAGGGCAUUUACAAAAGCCUCGUUGGCCCUAUUCUGCAAAAAUAUGUAUACCAGUUCAAGUGAACUAUCUUAAGAAAAAAAUAACCUCUGUUUUUUUAGGCAACUUUUAGGUCUAAAAACUUUCUGCGAUUUCUCUAACAGGUCCAAGUAAUUGUUCACAUAUAAAAGCAAGAUUUAUGAUUCCGUGUAAUUGUAACUUUACAAGGUUAAAAUAAAUACAUUGGUAAUAUUCUUAGGACAUAAAUGUGUGUACCAACAAAUCCUGAUACAAUUAGCAAAAUAUGAGUUCCUUGGC